UGAGGAGGUCAGACAGGGCAGCUCUAGUGGAGAAGCCACCCCAGAACCCCCUGGUCUAAGGUUGUUUCCGUCACUGUCGCCAGCCAGUGCCUUUAUUCAACAACUCUGCACUGGUGUUUGGAUCUGAAUUCCUAGACAUGGUAAUGGCCAUGACUUUCACCUCAAGUCUGAGAGGAACACAGGAGGUAAUUCACAGAUAGCCCUGGGCAUGGUACCCGCUGCCAUCAGCACUAUACAAAUGGUCAUUGCUAUGGUGCUUGAACUACAACAGUGGCCAGGACCCAGCCCCUGUCCUUAGCAGCCUGGCAGCCUGGGAUGAGGUGGGGAGCAGACUCGGGUAAAUGGUCCAGCCAGCUGGUUAGUGUGGUGAGGGAGACGGGCAGGGCUGAUGGGCCUGGCCUGAGGGGUGGCCAGAAGGCUUCUGGGAGGAGGUGAUAGCUCGAAUGAGUUGCAGGAUGAGAGCCCAGGGGUGUGUGAAGGUGGGCCAUCUUACAAACCAUUGAGAUGUUCCCGUGGAGGUCAAGGACAGCAAACGCAGGUUUCAAAUGAGCUGAGCUGCUGCAGGAAGGGACUCGGGGUGCAUCUGCAGGCCCUUGCUUGCCAGGCCUGCCUCUCUCACUGGUUGCCCUGGAACACACCUCCCUCCUCCCGCCUCUGCCAGGGCUGUUCCCGCGCCAGUCCGGCUGUUGUGGCCAUCUUAUAGACCUACGAUGGUCACAGCCUAAUGAAGAUUGCCUUCUCCCUCAGGUACGAAGAGGCAUCUCUACCUGAUGGCCUGGCAAGCAGUGGGUCGCCGUGACCAUCAUGCACAGUGAUAACGCCAGGCGUCCCCCGCGCCGCUUCUGAACCCUGCCACAAGUUCUAGCCCAGCACUCUCCCUGGCCGCGCCAUGAGCCACGGGCCAAGUCCCCGACUGGCCGAGUCCCCGCAGCUAUCCAAGGGCAGCCUGCUGACCAUCCUGGGUAGUCCGUCGCCCGAGCGCAUGGGGCCAAUCGACUCGCUGCCCCCUACGCCGCCCAGCGGCACGCCCUCGCCGGGGCCGCCGCCCGCGCUGCCCUUGCCACCGCCGUCCACGCUGCUGGCCGACGGGGACUGGGAGAGCCGCGAGGAGCUGCGCUUGCGGGAGCUGGAGGAGGCGCGCGCACGAGCGGCGCAGAUGGAGAAGACCAUGCGCUGGUGGUCCGACUGCACGGCCAACUGGCGCGAGAAGUGGAGCAAGGUCCGCGCCGAGCGCAACCGCGCGCGUGAGGAGGUGCGCCAGCUGCGCCAGCGCCUGGACGCGCUCACCAAGGAGCUGGCAGGUGCGCGGCGCGAGCGCCAGGAAGCGCAGGGAGAGUGCGAGGCGCGGGGCCGCGAGCUGGCGCUGCUGCGGGGCUCCCGAGGAGGCGCCACGGACAAGACACACGAAGACCCAGAGCCAGAUCCCGAGCGGGAGCAUGAGCCAGUGCGCGACGUCGGGGCGGAGAGGCCCCAGGGCAGCCAGGACCUGGAGCUGGUGGAGACCCUCCUGAAGAACAGACCAGAGGAGCCUGAGGGCUGCUGGGAGGCUCGCAGCCUGGGGUCUGGGGGCCCUCGGGGCAGCUCCAGCCGCCAGGAGCGCAGCCGGCUACCCUGGGAGGACGCCGCCAGCACCGAGGAGGACACCUCCAAGCUGACCGCCCUGCGCCUGCGGCUGGACGAGUCCCAGAAGGUGCUGCUCAAGGAGCGAGAGGAUAAGAUGGCCCUGAGCAGGAACAUUGAGAAGCUGGAGGGGGAGCUGAGCCAGUGGAAGAUCAAGUAUGAGGAGCUGAGCAAGACCAAGCAGGAGAUGCUCAAGCAGCUCAGCAUCCUGAAGGAGGCGCACCAGGACGAGCUGGGCCGCAUGUCCGAGGACCUGGAGGAUGAGCUGGGCGCACGCUCCAGCAUGGACCGGAAGAUGGCUGAGCUGCGGGGCGAGAUGGAGCGUCUGCAGGCCGAGAAUGCGGCCGAGUGGGGCCGGCGGGAGCGGCUGGAGACCGAGAAGCUGGGCCUGGAGCGGGAGAACAAGAAGCUGCGCGCUCAGGUCGGCGACCUGGAGGAGGCCCUGGCCCGGCGGCGGCGCCAAACAGCCAGCGCCCUGGACUGCGACCUGCGGGCCAGCCAGGCAGCUCUCUUCGAGAAGAACAAGGAGCUGGCCGACCUGAAGCACGUGCACGGCAAGCUGAAGAAGCAGUUUCAGGAGAAGGUGGCGGAGCUGGCGCACGCCAACCGGCGGGUGGAGCAGCACGAGGCUGAGGUGAAGAAGCUGCGGCUGCGGGUGGAGGAGCUCAAGAAGGAGCUGGCCCAGGCCGAGGACGAGCUGGAUGAGGCCCACAACCAGGCGCGCAAACUGCAGCGGUCCCUGGACGAGCAGACGGAGCAGAGCGAGAACCUUCAGGUGCAGCUGGAGCACCUGCAGUCCAGGCUCCGCAGGCAGCAGCAGAACGCACCCCUCUUCGGGAAGAUCCGCAGCACCCGCUUUGGCACCGAGGAGGCCGGGGAUGGAGCCAGUGACCUAGAUGAGGACGAGGACCUGCAGAUCCAGGUGGCCUAGGGCUUCCCAGGGCUGGGCAGGACUGGCCGGAAGCCACAGACCCCAGGCUGAGCAGCCACAUGAAGGGGCACAGCUGCCUGUGUGUGCCGUGGGUACAGAUGCGGCUCCCACCACGGACUAUCCCUCCCUCCAUGGCCUCACAGGACGCCUGGGGAAGGGACUCCUGCCUCACGUAUGUCCUAUGCACGUCCAGGACUGCGUGGGCCAUUGGUUUUGUAAACACAGGACCGCUCAAGGCCCAGUCCAGGUGACGUCAGCAUCCAGGAUUUACGCAGGGCGGAGCCUGUCCGGGGAAGGUUGCUGGGGUCCCCACUGGGCUGCCUUGGUGGUCUGGCAGGAGCUGUUCAUAAUACGAUGUGACGAACCCAGUCUUUUGUAAUAAAUGGAGUUCAAAAUCUU